ACUAUUUUCAGUAAGAAACUUCAAAAGUAUUAAAGGAAAUAUCUUCUCAUUCGGCGCAGGGAGCCCAUUAUCAAGAUAGCCCUUCCUGAGAUUGUGCCUUCACUGCCCCUGCCAGAACUGUGCUCUUGCUUACCUUCCAUGCCCUUCCCUUGUUUUCCCUCAAGCCCUGUGGUCUCUGAAGGUCCAGUCUACGCUUCUACCACUCGUGGGAAAUCUCCCCCGAGGCUUCUGGAGCAUUGCUCUGUGCUUGUCCUUAUCAGUCACUUUAGCUCCGACAUGAGCUGUCAUGUGCCGUUUGUACCAAGUAACACAACUUGCCUCUUCAAGUCAAAUGGGGAAUUUCUUGAUUGGUAUGCUAGGUGCCUAAACUGAUAAAAUUCAACUGAGUCAUAACCAUAUCCUAAAGCCACCGUAUCUUGCAAUUUUUCUUUCUAUCCACAGAAACAACGUAACUAGGGGUGAAGUUUCCUGCUGCUUGCACCUGUCUGGUUCUUUAAAGCCAGCUGAUCUUGCUGAAGUGCGUGCUGUGCUCUUCACUGUGCAGUCUGGAGUUGGCUUCAAACCAGAGACCCGUUCCCUGUGAUCACAGCAGAUCUUAGCCUGCCCCCAGCUUGGAGCAAAUUCCUCCUGAGAACACAGCCAUUCCAGCAUCCUUCUGCGCCUGCUCUCUGAGGACGGGUUGCCACGCAUCGCCGGAGGUCCGAGAUAAGUACCCGCCACCCUCCUCUCGGAGAAGGGGGUUACCCUCAAGCCUGCUGCCAGGGCGGAGACUUGCCCAGCGGGAGCGGAGGGGCAGGGCUGCAGAGCUGCCACCCGGAGGAAGCUGUGGGUGCGGUAGCAGUACGUGGGGAGAGCGGGAUGCGGUGGGCCGCACGCCCGCCCUGCCACCUGCGCAUCCAUAUCGCCAGGAAGAGAAGGGGAGAGUGAGUGAGGUUGGGACCUCCGGCACGGCCUUGAGCCUGGGCUGGCUGCAAGGCGCCGGGGGAGGGCGCCCUAGCCGCGGAGCUCGAGUACAAAGGGCUACAGCCGUGCUGGUGGGGGUGAUUCUGUGCAAAUAAACGUGGCCUUUCUUUGCAAGUGGCCUCUAGUUUGUGAGUCAAAGUGCGACCUGGCAGGGUAGGGGGAACGAGAGGAUAAUAGGGCGGCCCCGGUUGUUUUGUCAUGGGAAUUAGAAUCAGCUCUUGGAACACCUGCUUGCAGAGGACGGAGGUAAAUUACGAUAAUGUUCCCUACGUUAUGUCCACAUUUUGUUAAGCUCUCGAAAUAAAACAUGUAUAGAAUAUUUAUCUUCCUAGCCAUUUAUUUCAUUUGUUGGUUUUGUUUUCCUAAAUUAUCAAAACUCAGAAUCCACCCCUGGUCGUUCUUCAUAUGGUAAUUUAAGAAAAUGUCUUAGGUCCAAAGGUUUAUAUUGCAAAGGGAGAGAGGCCUUGGCAACGUCUAGCGUCUCUCCCCGCCUGGUGAGUUGUUGAGCAGCUGGGCUGGAGGAUCAGGGCCUAGGUGGUUUGUGGCUUUCGACUUACUUUGGGCAUUGUUCAAGCCGAAUUUCUUUAUACACAGGCAAUCCCUCCGGUGGAACUUGAUGGAGCUGUUGAUUAACUGGUCGUACCUCUUACACAACCAGUAGUUGUUUCUUUCUCAGAAACACCAUUGUCUUUGGUACUGCUGACUUUACAAAGACUCCCUGGAUGUCAUGGAGCUGCUUGAGGAAGACCUCACUUGCCCAAUUUGUUGCAGUCUGUUUGAUGAUCCUCGAGUUUUGCCUUGCUCACACAACUUCUGUAAGAAAUGCCUGGAAGGUCUGUUAGAGGGGAAUGUGCGGAAUUCGUUGUGGAGACCAUCGCCUUUCAAGUGCCCUACAUGCCGUAAGGAAACUUCAGCUUCUGGAGUUAACAGCCUGCAGGUUAAUUAUUCCCUGAAGGGUAUUGUGGAAAAGUAUAACAAGAUCAAGAUCUCUCCCAAGAUGCCAGUGUGCAAAGAACACCUGGGGCAGCCCCUGAACAUUUUCUGCCUGACUGACAUGCAGCUCAUUUGUGGGGUCUGUGCUACUCGGGGUGACCACACCAAGCACGUCUUCUGCUCUAUUGAAGACGCCUAUGCUCAGGAGAGGAAUGCCUUCGAGUCCCUCUUCCAGAGCUUUGAGACAUGGCGGCGCGGAGAUGCUCUUUCUCGCUUGGACACAUUGGAAACUAGCAAGAGGAAAUCCCUACAGUUACUGACUAAAGAUUCAGAUAAAGUAAAGGAGUUUUUUGAGAAGUUACAACACACACUGGAUCAAAAAAAGAAUGAAAUUCUAUCUGACUUUGAGACCAUGAAACUUGCAGUGAUGCAAGCCUAUGAUCCAGAGAUCAACAAACUCAACACCAUCUUGCAGGAACAGCGAAUGGCCUUUAACAUUGCUGAGGCUUUCAAAGAUGUAUCGGAACCCAUCAUAUUUCUGCAACAGAUGCAGGAGUUCAGGGAGAAAAUCAAAGUCAUCAAGGAAACUCCUUUACCUCCCUCUAAUUUGCCCACAAGCCCUUUAAUGAAGAACUUUGAUACUAGUCAGUGGGAGGACAUCAAACUAGUAGACGUGGAUAAACUUUCUUUGCCUCAAGACACUGGCACGUUCAUUAGCAAGGUUCCCUGGCGCCUGUAUCAGAUGCUUGGGGUAGUCGUUUUGCUGGGCAUCCUCAUUUUCUUCAGUCCUAAUGUAUUCCUAGAAUGGUCUUUGAUCGAUGAAUUAGCUGUAUGGCAAGACCAUCUUUCAAACUUCACUUCUUACCUUACUAUGAAAGCUAAUUUUAUAGAACAAUCCUUUUUUUACUGGGAACAGGUGACAGAUGGGUUUCUCAUUGUCAGUGAAAAAUUAAGGAAUUUUAGUUUGGUGGUGCUGAACAACGUGGCAGAUUUUGUGUGCAAAUAUAAACUAUUAUAAAAUCUGUUUUACGUAUGCAGUUCUUUUAUUAGAAUUUAUUAGAAUAGUAAUUCAGCUUUGGUCAAAAUUCUAGUCAGAUAUUUUCCUCAAAAAACAUUUCCUUUGAAAGUGAUGUUCUGGGGUGGCACUUGGCCUAGCAUGUGUCCCACACUGGAGUGCCUGGUUUUACACCCGCCUCCAGUUUCCUGCUGAUGUAGAGUUGGAAAGGCAGUGGUUCAAGUGGCUGGGUUCCUGCCACCCCAUGCCAGAUUUGGAUAAGUUUGUUACUCCUGACUUGGCCUUGGGUCAGCCCCAGUUGCCGUGGCUACGAGUGUAUACUUUUUUUCUCAAAUAAGAAUUGAAACAAAAAAAUAAUGUGUUUAAAUUAGCUUAAGGAUGAAAAUAAAAUUUGAUAAAUAGCCCUGAACCUCUUUAGAGUGCUUUUGCCCCCCAGUAUUGUUUAUGAUUACAAAUGGGAGGUGAAUGAACUCUUGUAUUGAUAAGGAAGGUAGCAGAAUACAUUGAUUGUUCAUCAAGCAUGCAAUAAAUACCAUUUGUAAACCAAA